AUGCAAGAUAUUUGUUCAGAUAUAAGGACUGCGAUUGAUCACGGUCGCACUGACAUCCUCCGAUCUUUACUCGGUGCCUGUGACAAUGGAAAUGUCGGUGAAGGAAUAACCAGGGAUGAAAUUUUGAACCAACCUUUUUUGGAGGAGGGUACUUUUUUAUCCUACGCUUCAAAGACAAAUCAAGUUGAUGUUGUAAGAACAUUAUUAAGCUGCGGAGCGGAUCCAGCGAUAAAAAAUGCACAUGGACGUAACGCAGUUGACGUCGCAGCCAGUGAAGUAAUUCGUUUGCUUUAUGUCGAAGAAUUAUUACGUGCUACCGCUGCCUCGGAAAUAGAUAGAGUUAUUCAAUUAUUGGAAGCGGGCAUUGAUGUUAAUUCAUGGGAUUCAGAAGGCAGUAAAAAUACACCUUUGCAUUGGGCGGCAUGCUAUGGAAAUAAGGAAGUAGUUGAGUGUCUUAUCGAUCGUGGUGCAGAUGUUAAUGCGGAAAAUGGCUGCGGAGCAACACCUCUACACGAAGCAGUAAGUCGCGGGGAAAUUACAAUAUGUCAAGAAUUGUUACAAGCAGGUGCUAAUCCUCACAUCCGGGCACUUCAAGGAACAUUUGCUGGCAAAAGCCCCUACGACUUAUCCCGUCAAAAACCAUCAGUCCAUGCGCUCCUACAGCGUUACCUCCCCAAAGAAUCCGAAAGCGUACACAGCCCAGUGACCUACAGCGACUCGACAAACUUCAGCCAGAAGAACUUAUCAACGAACAUGAGCCAGCUAUCAAUAGACUCGGCAAAAUCAACGGACCCACUGUACGACCCAACUCUGGCCCCAGUGAACGACAACACUAUUCCUCACCACCACCACCCAAGUCCCAUAAGAUCCCACGAAAAAACCAACACCUGGAACCUUAUCUGGCCUGAACCCAAGAGUGUGAUCGACCUGAGCCACUACUCUCCGCCUUUUAUCGCCGGGAAGGAAAUCUUCAUCUCAAUAAUCCAGGGCAGCGAGUCUAUCCACGACAUUCUCGACGUCUGGGAAGUAAGUCGGACAUAUUUACUCGAGCUGGGUCACGAUGUUAAAGUAGGAGAGGUCCAGCCUGGCUCUGGAAGGUUCACCAGUGACAAUAGAAUCGAGUGCAUUGUAAACCGCAAGUUGUUUAAUUUAGCGGAAGGUUAUCAGCUUUACAUAUCACAGAACUCGAUAAAAGUAAGCGCGGGGAGUCUUGCAGGGCUUCAUUACGCAGUUUGUACUUUUGUACAAAUUUUACGGCUCAGUAAAAAUCCAAAUUCUCCAGAAGUUACAGAAAUUGAGUCUGUGCUGAUAAAAGACGAGCCUAGGUUCAUGCAUCGUGGAAUUCUGCUGGACAUUUCUCCACGAGGAAGAACUCCGACUCUGGAGUACCUCCUGCACACAAUUGACCUGUGGUCGUCUUUCAAAGUCUCGCAUUUGCACUUAUACUCGAGAUUGAACCCCAGCUGCGACUGGCAGCUCUGCUACACGCGCUCAGAAAUGGUUACUCUGGACCGGUACUGCCGAGACCGGCAUCUCAAUCUCAUUCCUGCCCUAGAUGUCGACUCCAAUGUCAGCCAGCGACAUUUGACUCAGAUGUGGCCCGUGUUCCAGGAACUGCUGGCCAUUUUUCCAAGUCUAAGCUAUGUUCAUGUUGGACCCAGGCUUGCUAGCUUGUUGGUUCCUCCGGAGAAUUUAGAUCUGAGUAAUAGUAUUAAUGAGACGGUGGAGACUGACAUGUCGGAGGUUUUUAAAUCUUACUCUUGCUUGCAAGAACUCUGGCAUAUUUUGAACUUGAGCUCGGAUACUACUUUGCUGCUAUGCAGCAAUGGGUUGCACUCGAAGCCAGAGUUCAGGAGCGUUCCGAGCAAUGUUAUUCUGGUUGAGUAUGGCUUUCAAGCGGACUAUGAUUUUUCGGAGUGGACUGAGGCUUUUAAAACUGCUGGUGGAAAUGUUUUACCUUCUUCAGGUACUGCCAGUUACAAUAGCCUGGCAGGUUGUCCAGGUUCAACGCUAAUCAACACCAGGAACGCCCUAAAAAUGGCUCAUGAGCAGAACUCGAUCGGAAUAGUUGUUGCUCAUUGGUCCGGAAGCCACCACUUGACUCCUCACCCUUUCUCUUGGCUCGGGUACUUGAUUGCCGCGGGUCUCUCCUGGAACCCUUCGACAGAAAUCGAGCUGGGGCCCGUCGACUUGUACGAGAACUCCGAAGUCGCUAAUUUAAUGAAGCGCCAGCGGUACUUGACCAGUAUUUUGAACAUCCACGUGUUCCAGGACCUGGAACAUAAGAUUGGAGGGACUAUUCUUGAACUAGGACGCGUUGACACCUUGGUUCUGACUCUCAGCAAGAACCAGGAUGCCAAUGAUCUCCAGCAAAUUCCUGAUAAUCGCGGAUCUACGCUCUACAGGCUACUCACUGACCCUGACAAUGUUAACUUGGAAUAUUUGUCUGCUGAUUUAUUUGCUAGAAUGACUAAACAAAUAAAACGCGUGACUCACGCGUUGUACGAAGCAAACUUGACUGCGAAAUUCGGAUCGAUGGACAUUCAAGAAUUGCAGCUGACUGCCGACUUAAUGGUCACCGCCUGUCGUAUUGGUCGUACACUUAUUGGCGUGGGCGUUAAUCCUAACAGCAACAUGGGCCUAGCUGUUAUCAACCUGGGAGUCUGCAACUUGCCCCCGACUUUCAGAACUGACAUUGCUAAUAAAAUGCUGGCGCAUAUUGAACAGUACAAAGGAGCUUGGUUACAAAGACACUUGCCCCAGGGGCUUCAGAGUUCUUUGCUAGUCUUAACCAGUGCACUUCAUCGUUUUGUACCAGAGUCCUCGUAG